ACAGCUGGGGCGCGCGGCUGGAGCCUGGGUUAGAGUUGUUAGUGAAGAGUGGACGCGUGGCUGUCUGCGGUCACCCUCAGAGGUGGCGCGAGAAGGAACGUGGACGUCUUCCCUCGUAACGUGUCCGCAGGAUGAUGGGCUCAAAUGAGGGGCCUUCUCUUCUCAAGCGCUUUUUCAGGAGUUGAAUUAGUUACUAAGGAUUGGGGGUCUUUCGAGCCGCGCAGACCGGGCGAACGACUGCAUUUUGGUCCCUUUAGAAACUCCGAGUCAGAGCCAGUCGACUUCUUCGUGGUUUCGUCCCCCCCACCCCACCCCGUUCUCCCGCUGAGGAAAACGGGAGCAGCCCCGACCCUGCCUCAGUUCUCUGCACCCGAGAUGGCGCCAAAGGAAAGAACAGUCGGGACCCAGCAAGCUCCUGCGAAGCAUGUGACGGAGGCCCACUUCCAGCUGGACUGCUGCCCUCCAACCUGGAGGAAUAAAUUUUGAAGCAGCAGCUCUGCCCCCCUGUAGGUCGCUUGUUAGUGCUUGUUUUUCCCUCUGGUGGUUUACUUGACCCCAUGCUGUUUUCUUUCAUGUUAAAUUCGGUUGUUCCUGGAGCACUAACGCAUUGGAACCCCUUAGUUUUUAUUUUGUCUUUGGUCACAGGGGAAAAAGGACAGAUAGAAGAUUGUUGUAAACUACCCCACUCCAAGAGGCAGUUUGGCAAAGGAAGGACAGCAUUCUUAGACAGCAAGGACUCCUGUGUCUGCAGGUUACAAAUCCCCAAAACCUUCUAGUCUUCAGAUUUGCACAUUGACUGUGGAUUUUGGACUUGGCAGCCUCCAUAAUGAUGUGAUUUUCAUCUUUUAAUCAAUAUGCCAACCCUGGAUGUCCCAGAAGAGAGGCUGAAAAAAUUUAAGUACCGAGGGAAAGAUGCAUCUGCGAGGCGGCAGCAGAGGGUGGCACUCAGCCUGGAGCUCCGGAAGGCCAAGAAAGACGAGCAGGCUUUAAAGAGGAGGAGUAUCACCUGCGUCUCCCUUGACCUAGCUUCUAAAGGGGUCAGUCUGACACUGGAUGAAAUAAUCAAAGGUGUGAAUAGCUCAGAUCUGGCUGUAUGCUUCCAGGCCACCCAGGCAAUCAGGAAAAUGCUGUCCCGGGAAAGGAAUCCUCCUCUCAAAGUGAUUGUUGAAUCCAGGGUCAUCCCCAGGAUAGUGGAGUUCCUGAAGUCAUCCCAUCACCCCUGUUUGCAGUUCGAGGCAGCCUGGGCUCUGACCAACAUUGCUUCAGGGACUUCAGCAGAGACCCAAGCAGUUGUGAAGGGGGGCGCCAUUCCACCCCUUGCUGAGCUCCUGUCUUCCCCCAAUAUGACUGUGUGUGAGCAGGCAGUGUGGGCACUCGGCAACAUAGCUGGUGAUGGCCCAGAAUUCAGAGAUGUUGUUAUCUCCAGCAAUGUCAUCCCACGUCUGACAGCCCUGGUUUCAUCAACCACAUCAAUCACAUGUCUACGGAAUGUCACGUGGACCUUGUCCAACCUGUGCCGAAGCAAGGACCCAUACCCUUGCAAGGAGGCAGUGAGGCAGAUACUGCCUGUCCUGUCCCACCUCCUCCAACACCAGGACAGUGAGAUUCUCUCAGACACCUGCUGGGCCCUGUCCUACCUCACGGAUGCCUGCAGUGAGCGCAUCGCCCUGGUGCUUGACACAGGGGUCCUGCCCAGGCUGGUGGAGCUCCUGACCAGUGUGGAACUCAGUGUUUUGACCCCUUCUCUCCGCACAGUGGGGAACAUUGUCACAGGAACGGAUCACCAGACCCAGAUGGCCAUUGAUGCAGGCAUGCUGAAGGUGCUGCCCCAGCUCCUACAACACCCCAAGUCCUCCAUCCAGAAGGAGGCAACCUGGGCCCUGAGCAACGUGGCCGCUGGGCCCCAGCAGCACAUCCAGGAGCUCAUCACUCAUAAUUUGCUGCUUCCUUUGGUGGCUCUGCUCAGAAAUGGAGAAUACAAAGUCCAGAAAGAAGCUGUCUGGACAGUGGCUAACUUCGCAACGGGGGCCUCCUCAGACCAGUUGUUCCAGCUUGUUCACUUUGGAGUCCUGGGGCCCCUGUUGAAUCUGCUCACUGUCCCAGAUGUGAAGAUCAUCCUCAUCAUCCUCAGUAUCAUCUCUUAUGUCCUCCAGGCUUCGCAGAAGCUGAGUGAUAAGAAAAGCUUGUGUCUUCUGUUGGAAGAACUUGGUGGGAUGGAUAGAAUCGAGGCUUUACAACUUCACGAGAACUGUCAGAUUAGCUGGGCUGCUCUGAAAAUCAUCGAGAACCACUUUGGUGAGGAAGAAGAUACUGACAUGCAUAUCCUCAGUCCAAAGCCAAGACUGUGAAUGUAUGAAUUUCUUCAAGGGAAAAUAGCAGAGGCUCCACAACUUCUAAACCCAUAACCCAAUGCUAAAGGAUAUGUCCUUUGAGAAGCAGCAUCGCUAUUUCUUAGUAUAUCACAAAUGUAAGGUUUUAAAAACUUAAUAAAAUGUUGAGCACUUUCA